GGCUGCAUUGGCCCUGACUGCGGAAGCAACGGAAAGUGCACAGGGACUCGUUGCAUUGCGCUUGGUUGCUUUGGCCCGCAAUGCGGCAAUGAUGGCGUCUGUACCGGUUCAGACUGCUGGGAGGCCACUUGCAGCGGCCUGGGCUGUAGCUCUGGGAUCUGUUCAGGCGACUCCUGUACAAGCUACGAUGGAUGCACCGGGAGUGACUGUUCGGCUGGAAAAGGUGGCAACUGCAAGGGCAAUGAUUGCAGCAGCUGUGCGGGUGCGGACUGCAACAGUGGCAAGUGCACGGGUGACGACUGCAAUGGAUGCAAGGGUCAGGACUGUCAUGAUGGACGGUGCGUGGGAGAUAACUGUCAGAGUUGCACUGGUCAAGACUGCGAUCCG